CUGGACAGUUGUGGUGUGAGCGUGGGGGGGAGUGGGGCGCGGAGGUUGGUGCGUGACGGUGAGACAGGAACAACUUGAGGACCACUAGGAAUCGCCACCACCGCGUGACAAGUCUGUUGGUUGAUCAAGCAUCACAUAAACAUUGAAGGAUGACUCAGUGGGGCCAUACUAGGCUUAGAACAAGAUAGGAAGAUAACUAGACCUCCACCAGUGCAGCACCAUGAGCUACCAGCGGCUGGGGUCGGCCGAGGUGGGCGCCGUGGACAGCCUGCUGGCCGAGAGUCAGUACCCGCCGGUGCGGCUGACGGGCGAGCCUGCUGCCAAGCCCGAGGACGAGGACAGUGACGCGUCGCCUCUGCUGGGGCGCAGCAGCAGCACCUCCCAGCUGGACGACGACGGGCCCGUCAACGCCACCACGAGUUGUGAAACGCUGAUCCACCUGCUGAAGGGUAAUGUUGGCUCCGGCAUCCUGGCGAUGCCGGACGCCAUCAAGAACUCUGGCCUGCUGGUGGGCAUCAUUGGCCUCCAGCUGAUCGGCGCCAUCGCCAUCCACUGCAUGCACAUGCUGACCAGCGCGAGUUGUGAAACGCUGAUCCACCUGCUGAAGGGUAAUGUUGGCUCCGGCAUCCUGGCGAUGCCGGACGCCAUCAAGAACUCUGGCCUGCUGGUGGGCAUCAUUGGCCUCCAGCUGAUCGGCGCCAUCGCCAUCCACUGCAUGCACAUGCUGUUGAUCCGGUUCCUCAGGCUGGCCCAGGUGGUGAAGCUGAGCAUGGCCGGUGCCGUCUUCCUCACCUACAUGCUGAUGUUCUACGUGCCCUGUCGCAUUUUGAUCCCGCCGUUCAUCGCCAAGUUCCACUCAGAGCGGAAGAAGUUCUUCGCCGAGUUCGGAAUGCGCACGGCGCUCGUCUUGCUCACCCUGGUGGUGGCCGUGGCCGUGCCCGAUCUCAGUCUGGCCAUCUCGCUGGUGGGAGCCGUCAGCAGCAGCAUGCUGGCCCUCAUCUUGCCGCCCAUCAUCCACAUGGUGGUGGUCAGCACCCGCUCCGGCUUCGGCCCCUUCUACUGGAUCCUGUGGAAGGACUUGGCGCUCGUGAUGUUCGGCCUGCUCGGCUUCAUCACGGGCACCUGGGCCAGCGUGAACCAGAUUGUGGAUGCGCUGGGCAGUUAGCCAAGGUGUCCGACGUAGUGGACGGCAGUAGGACCGGCGAGCUGUGGGCGGACGGCUGGGCCCGGCCGCCGGGGCCGGCGCGGCCGCUGCCGCCCAGCGGCGGCGACAGUCUGACUGCCUCCCGUGUCUGGCGGUGGCGCUUAGUCGUCUCAGACGGCCGGCAGCGGCCGAAGCCGGCGCGCCGCCCGCCGCGUUCUGUCGGCACCGACCCGGCGUCAUGGCCCGUGCCGCGUGGCCGCCCGAGUGUCGGCACCCAGCUGGCGUGUCAGAGCCAGGCGGAGGAAAUGUCGGCACCCAGCUGGCGUGUCAGAGCCAGGCGGAGGAAAUGUCGGCACCAAGCUGGCGUGUCAGAGCCAGGCGGACCGAGUGUCGGCACCCAGCUGGCAUGGGGCUAGGCGGACUGAGUGUCGGCACCCAGCUGGCAUGGGGGUAGGCGGACCGACUGUCGGCACCCAGCUGGCAUGGGGCUAGGCGGACUAGUGUCGGCACCCAGCUGGCAUGUCGAGGCUAGGCGGACCGAGUGUCGGUAUCUGGAGAGCCAAGACAACGCGUGAUGAGCCUGCUGAGUAGCAUAGUGAUCCCGCGCGUGCCCGUUCAUGGCGCAUAUAUUUAUCGCAGAGUCGAUUGAUGACGUGAGGCGGAGGGGUAUACAGUGGUUUCGCUUACUUGUAUUGCGGCAAUGUUUGGUUAGUAACCUUCGGGAGCGCUGUUGUACCAAAUGUUUUUUUUCAGUUUCUUGGAUGCUUGCCAUUUUAGCGUGGUUUGUUGCGUGGUUUUUAAGUCAGUAGCUUGAGCUGGUCGUGGAGGCCUGCUAUUUUAGUCUGGAUUUCCCGCAUGCUUUUGGCGUUCCUGCAGACACGUCCGACGUGGGUGUGGCUGCGAUUGCAUAAUUUCAGACAUUCGUAGUAUUGAAUGCCUCAAAUGGGUUCAUGAAACGUGUCGCUGGCUUCCGUUUUAAGAGAAUCGUUUUUAAGUCACAAAUGGUACCGGGUUUGAGAUAUAUUAAAAGAUUUCCCUCGUCUUGCAUCAACGCCACGCAAUGCAUUGAAUGAAAAUGUUGGCUCCAAGGCACGCUCCCAACCAACACCACAUGUUGCGCUGUUACACUCACCAUGUUCAGGCUCAUUGUAUGCAGCCCACUGUGCCAGCUGUGCGGACCUUAGGUGGGCUUUGUGCCGUUAGGUGAUGCAAGCUGUGGGCCAGCGUGGUACCCGCAGCUGAGGUGAUCCACGCACGCUGAAUCGUGCCUUGCGAGUCCGAAUCCAAGCCGGCCGCAAACCUUGACCAUGGCUGUAAAGCGGAUGUAUCAGUGAUUUGUAAUCCGCGAAUGGCAAACUAUAGUGAGGUAUGCGAUAUUAUCACAUAUUUUUGUUACACAUUGUCGUAGGCUUCCAUUGCAGUUUGCAUUGCCGUCUUGUCCCUCAUGGACCUAAUAAACAUGUCGGAACAA